CGAGAAGUAUGUAAAAUCUUCACAUCACGUCAAAAUUGUCAGUCUCUAGUCCAGCUUUUCUGUUUCAUAUGACCAAAUUUCUGUGAUGAAUUCCAUGCUGAUAAAUGCUAAUCUACUAAAAAUACCCUUGCAACUAAGCCAAAGAUCCCCUACUUCACGUCAUACACUUGAGAACUUGAUCACUCUUCCCAAAAUUGCAAACAAAAUCCGCAUCCAUGUCGUACGGUCUUUUCCAAAAAUCAAACCAAUAAGAUACUUCUCGCCAUUCCGUGAAAAAUACCUCAAUCCAUUCAUCACAAGUUACAGUUUGUUGGAAGUUUCAAGACUUAAAAAACACCAUCACCCAAUAACGAAUGCUCAACUGAAUGUUCAAAGGAAUUAUUGCCAAAAAUCCAUAGACAAAUACAACAAAUUCAAACAAUCUGACAAAAGUGAUCAUCAGAAAAGAGAUGAAGUAUGUGGAGAAGACUGCAUUACAUUCGAAAAAGAAAAAAUCAAAAAGAAACAUCAUGAAAGUACGAAAACAAAAGGUAUAAGUUUCAAUGUCAAUCUGAACAACAUAGUGAAUGAACUAAGUAAGAAAAAAGAUCUACAAAAAUUACACGAGAUCAAUAAAAUAAGCAAUUUUAUCUUCAAACCUAUCGACUGCAAAGCUUGUAGUUCAAAUAAGAAAAAAUCGAGCGGAAAAUUAACGAAAAGUACUGAUCAAAAACGAUCAAAUUCUUUAUUUUCUGUACCUCAAAAAGUUCAUCCCAAAUACGAGAUGAAGAGGGAAGAAUUCAAAAAAGAAAACUACGAUGAAACAGUGAACUACAAUAAUUCAAGAACAACAGAGUUAUUAUCUAUUUGUCUCAACAAAAAAUAUGAGAGAAAACCCAACAGAAGUGUAGUUACACUAGCAAGAAAAAAAAGUAGAGCUAGAUCAGAUAAAAAGAGUCAGGGACCAGUUCCUUUGGUCAUGUUGGUCAAAUCUAAUUCUGGAAAAACUAGAGCAUUGGUUGAUCAUUAUUCUAACAAUAUCAAAUACAAAGUUGGUACCAACGAAGCUUUCAUAAAAAGCACUGAUACAUUUUUAAUCAAUAACGGAUCCAUGAAAAUGAACAGCAUAGAUCUCAAGAGGUCUAGGAGUGAAGGAGACAUCAGCAAAAGUAACAAAUUACAGAAAAUGUUCAAUGAAUUUUCGGGUAAGACAGAGAAGGAUCAGCUAUAUCAGAAUAAACUGAAGGACAAUUUAGCUGAAGUACCAAAGCCAGUACUAGCAAAAGCUAUAUAUGAAAUGUUGAAACCUCUUAUUGAACAAGAAUUCUUGCAAUACAAAGAAGUCAAAACUGCUAUACAUCGUCUAGAGAAUAAUUUAGAGACCUACUUCAAUCAGAUCAUCCCGAAUUCUCACAAUAUCAACAAUUCAAAUAUAAAGGAGAAUCAGUUCGAUUUACCAGAAGGAAAGAAUAAAAUGAUUCGAGAGCCUAAUACAUACAUAAAUAUAGCAGACCCUUCAGAUCAAAAUUACUGCAAAAAAGAUCCCACUAUAAACAAUGUCAUAUCUGCUCCAAGUAUGAGGAAUUUGGAAAUACUCGAUCCUAUAGAAUAUGAAAUAGUGAUAAUCGCUCAAAAUUGUGGCAAAAAAGAUGGAUCUCAAUCUAAAAAAGAUGGCACGAAAAAACUCAAGGCACAACUUUGCGAAAAUAAUGAAGAGAAACCAUCUGAUAAAGGUAAAAAAUCUGACGAACAGAAGAAAGAAGAUCCAUGUCAAAAAGAUAAACAUCAAUCAAAGCCAGCAAAUCAACUUUGCGACGAUAAAAACAAAAAAACACCAGUCAAAGCAGACAAGCAAGAUAAUAAAACAGCUAAUCCAUGUGUGAACAAACUCAAAACUGCUUCAGACACCGAUAAAACUUGCAAAAAACGGCCGGCUAAUCAACUCUGCGACGAAGCAAAGAAAAAAGAUCCCUGUCAGAAAGAUAACAAGCAAGAUACUAGUAAUAACUCGAAGAAACAAACCAAGAGUGACUGCACAAAUGAUCGACGUCAACAAGAGCACAAAAAAGACCCAAAGCAAGAAAGCAAAUGUCAAAAUGAGGCGAAAGAAGACCCAUGUCAAAAAAAUAACAAGCAAGAUCCUUGUAAAAAAGCAAAGCAAGAAAUCAAAUCUAAGAAAGACUCAUGCCAAGAUGAGAACAAGCAAGAUCCCUGUAAGAAGGCUAAGCAAGAGAAGAAAUGUAAGGAUGACAAUAAAAAAGAACCAUGUAAAGAAAAUAACAAGCAAGACCCUUGUGGAAAAUCGAAGCAGGAAAACAAAUGUGACCGAAAAAAAGACCCAUGCAAGAAAACGAACGAUGAAACUGAUGAUUCUUGUUGUUUGAAAGCGAAGAAAAAAGGAGAAGAUUUCUGCGAAACUGACAUUAGUAAAUACAAACAGAAAAGCCCCAGUAAUACCAAAGAGGAUUCUUGUAAAGACGGCACCAAACGUGAUCCAUCUAGCGAGCAGAGUUCCAAAAAUUGUAAGAAGGAAGAUGAUCCUUGUAGUAGAUUUAAGGGAAUUGGACCAAGCGAAGAAACUUGCAAGAAAGUUGAAUGCUUCAAUCCAAUGCCAUGUUGCGAAAAGGCCAGCAUUUGCCAAGAACCUACGUUACCUUCGAUGAAGUCUAAAGGCCCUGAUGGUCAAUCGAAGACUGAAAGUCAUAAGCCUGAUAUCUGCAAACGAAAUCCAGAUGACGUCUCAAAUUGUAAACAACGAUCAUGCACGCAAAAGAGUAUGGAGCCCACAGAACCACCAAACUGUUGCAAGCCUCUAGGAAGGAAGGGAUUUUACGAUAAACCAUGCUCCGAUCUUCCACAAACACCGAAAACAAAAAUAGAUGUCAAGCAAGUUUGCUGCCAAGAAAUCAUCAGCAAAGAACAAGAAGCAGCAAAGGCACUGGAAAGGAAGAACGCCCCUGCCCGUCCCAAACCGCUUCCGCCAAAGGUGGAGCCGCCGCCGAAAUGCGACCCCCCUAGCAAAACAGACACUCGGUAUUGCACUAAGCCGACGAUCAAAGCGGAAGUGUCUGUUCCGAAGCCUGAGGUGAAGUGCACCAGAAUGCCUGCUCCAGCUGUUCCGCAAAAUAUCGUACCGAAGCCAGUUCGGGAACCGAAACAAGCGCCGAAAGAUUCUUGGUUUCCAGUGAAAAUAAGAACCAAGCAGGCUGCACCGAAACCAUGUGAAAGCAAGCCAAAAAAAUACACUAAAACAAAUGAAGAUACACCCCUUCCUCCACGAUCUCCAAAACUCACUGCUCAACUGCCAAAACAAGAACCUCCCAAAAAAAACCUACUAGAUAACUGUAAGGGAUUGUUCUCCAGUAUAUGCAGAGUUUUUUGCCCGAGCAAAAAUAAGCCUGGCAAAAAAGGCGCAUCUUCGAGUGUCACGAACUCCAACUCUAUGCCAGAACUCAAGGGUACUUUCGGAGGUUUCUCUAGUUCUGCCCCAGCAGGAUCAUCAGGAAAUAAACCCAACAAGAAACCUGGUACCAUGACUUUCGCAAUUUACAGGAAACGAAACAGAUAUCCCUGGAACACAGCACCGCGAUGGAGCAUUUAUCAAGAAAGAUUCAUCUCGAAAAAAUCCAAAGAAGAUUCUGACCCUUGCAAAACCAAGGAAGCUAAAGAUUCUGAACAAGAUAAACCAGAUUCUAAUAAGCUCCAAUGCAUUUGCUACGAGGAAAUCAAGAAGAAACAAGCUUCAAAAGAAAAUAGUGGAGAUGGCAAGCAUGGUGACCGUUGUAAAAAGAAGACUGACAAACAAAUGACGUUCAAACCGACGAAUCAUUCGAAAAUAUGUCAGAUGGAAAGUAAGAAGAAAUCUGCAUCCAAAAAAUGUAAAUCAAAUUCAGAAAAAGCUGAUCAGAGUAAAUUCAAACAAUGUGGAGAGCUAUGCAAACAAAAUACAGGUGAUAAUAAAUCUAGCGGAAAAGCAAAUUCUUCUGAUACGAGCACAACGAAGAAAUCAAAAAAUGUUUGCGCCGAUAAACUCAAGACUUCUGGUACUACUACAAAGGAUAAACCGAAAAGUACGUGUGCAGAGACUUCUAGUACCACUACAAAGGAUAAACCAAAAAGUACGUGUGCAGAAAAGCCUAAGUCGGCUUCCAAAGAUGAUACAAAAGAACGUAAGACAUUCAAGGAAAGGUGCUUGUCAAAGUCGAAUUCCAAGAAUAAGAGUUGUUCAAAAAAGCAUGAAGAAUUCAAAGAAAUGUGUAAGCCAAAGUCUGACUCUAAACAGAAUGAUUGUACAAAAGAGCAAGAGCAGUCUAAGCAAAAAUCCACCUCUCCCAAGAAAGAUAAGUAUCCUUGGAAAAAAUCUGAUGACAAAAUGGAUGGCGAUCUAUGCGCGAACGAAAGCAACAUCACAAAAAAAUCAAUGGAAGAUGAAAAAGCGAAAACCAAAACUGAAAAUAGUGGCGGCAAAAACCAGCAGGGAAAUUUGUUGAAGAGUGAACAAGAUUCGUCUUGUUUUCGAGAUUAUAACAAAAAUAGUGAGAAGGGCAAAAAAGUAGAGAAACGAAAAUCCGACGUAGAAGCAGCGCCAAAACCUGAUUGCAAGAGGAUGAAAAAAGAAGUUAAUAAGGAGGAUGAUUCGAAAUCUUCGAAAAACACUAAAGAGGGAUGCAAGCCGAAGGAAGAAGAACAGGGGAAGAAUAUGAAAAAAGUUUGCGCACAACCAAAACCAUGCCAAAAUAAGGGUGAUGAAGAUCAGAAGAAAGCAAGUCAGAAGAUAUCAUGUCAAAAUAAAGUGAAAAAUAUCGGCAAAAAGUCUGAAGAUAAGAAAAAAUGCGAUGAUGCUAAGAAGAAGAAAACUGCAGACAAAAAAGAGAGUGUUUGUGAAAGAAUGAAGGAAACUAAAAAAUGUGAUGGAAAGGAAAGUUUCAUACCAAAGAAAAGUGAAAGUGAUAAACCAAAAGGGAUCUGUGACAAAAUCAGAGAAAAGAAAAAAUCGAAAGAAGAAAUGGGUAAAAGUAUCUCCCAGAAAUGCACCAGUUCAACAGGAGUAACAAAAGUAAAUUCAAAUAAAAUGGGCGGAAUUGAGGAUGUAGAACUGGACGGUGAUAAACAUGAUAUGUUCAUUUGUAAAGUGAAAAGUCUUGGUAAAUCUGAACAGCUGAUAUGUUCGUCAAAAAGCGAUAAGCCUCAAAAAAUGGAGUUCAAUGAAAAAGGAGUACUGAGAAUCUUGAAAUGCAGACUAACAAAAGAUGAAAAUGGAAGGGAAGUUUUCGUAUGUAAAGAAAUCAAGCCAGAUAAAGACAAAAACGAGAUCAUCCAAGAAGAGUUGCAGCAAAUGAAAGAUCUCCUGAAACAACGCAGUGCCCCUAACCUCUCUCAAAAUCAAACGAUUGUGAGUAAAAAGCUGAUAUGCCAAGAAGAACCAGAUGGUGCGAAGGUAUGCAACAUCAAAGAUGUCAAAGAAAUAGUAGAAGGCGGUAGAAGCAAGAAGGUUUAUGUCAAACCUGCGCCGAAAAAGUGUCCUUUUACCUAUCAAGAUCUUCUCAAAAAAAGUGAAGAAAUCCGGAAAGCUGCGAGCGAACGUACUCUAGAAGAAAGAAACAAGAAGACGAAGGAUGUCAAGAGAGCAGCAAGUGUGCCAAGAGUGAAGCCUAAGAAGAUAAACGACUGUUAGAACCAAUUGGCGAAUUAUUCAUUAUCUGAAAUUCAUAUUUUCAUUGCUAGUGAGAGGAAAUGUGAGAAGACUGAUUAUUGUUAUAUGCCUAAUGCAUCCAUGAAAAUCAACAGUGGAAGCUUGAGGUCUUAGCAAUCCUCCAUAUUAAACUAUAGCCGAAUGAAGUUGACAACAAUAGAUGGGCAGUGAAUGGAGGAAUGAAUGAUUAAAAUGUCAUGAGUCGAUGAUGAUCAAGAUGGCGAAGAUGUCAGAAAGCGCCUACAGCAAAUAACGUCGGGUCAUUGCCAAGUGUUACACCCAACAAGAUCUUGUCGAUGAAGCUUGGAAAUUAGUGAAACUACAAGUGUCGACACUAGAUGAAAGUGGCUUGAAGAAUCAAUAUAGCCAGAUCAUUGAAAGUGUUGAGUAGAAGAUGAAGAUCGAAUAGAAAACCAAUUGAAGACGGUGUUUGUACUUCUUGUCUAACAAGUGAUUUUUUUCAAUGUUCAUCAAAAUUCCAAGAAAUAAUUGGGGGUUCUUGUGCUAUUAGUUGCAUCCACUUGUUACCAUUGACCUUGUCCGCGAUUAUAAUAUAUUAUUUUCCACAA